CCAAGCCAAUUAUAAAGGGAAUAAAAAUUUAGAAGCAACAAUAUCAAAGUUGAUUUUGCCUGAUCCCCUCCUCCUCCCACUUCCAUCAUCUCCACUCCACAUAUGGCUCUUUUGACACUUAAACUACCAUUUAUUAUCAAACUCUUCCUAUUUUUAGCCACCAUUAAGGGCGUGGUGGGAUAUUGUUAUACAUCUAUCUUUGGCUUCGGCAGCUCGCUCGCUGAUACUGGAAACUUAUGCUUGAAUCAUGGCUGUCUCUCGCCUCCCUAUGGGGAGACCUACUUCCACCACCCCACAGGACGUUGCUCCAAUGGCCGUCUAAUUAUAGACUUCACUGCGGAGUCUCUUGGACUGCCAUUGGUACAACCAUAUCUUGGGAUUAAGAAUGGAAGUGGAAUAAGUAUUCAAGAAGGUAUAAAUUUUGCGGUUGCAGGAGCAACAGCAUUGGAUGCAUCUUUUUUUGUAGAAAGAGGAAUUGAUGUAGGCACAGACAUCUCUCUAGGAGUUCAAUUGGAUUGGUUCAAGGAAAUUCUUCCAUCACUUUGCAACACAUCUCCAAAAUGCAAUGAAAUCUUUGGAAGUUCUCUAUUUCUUAUGGGAGAGAUUGGAGGCAACGACUACACUUAUCCAUUUUUCCUGCAUAGGAGCAUAGAAGAGAUUCAGACUUUUGUGCCACUAGUGAUUCAAGCAAUCGCUUCAGCCAUUAAUGAGUUGAUUGAGCUAGGGGCAGUGACUCUCAUGGUUCCAGGGAACAUACCAAUUGGAUGCUCUGCAGCCUACCUAACAUCUUAUGAAACUGCAGAUACGGACCAAUAUGACCCUGAAACUGGCUGUCUAAAUUGGUUAAACAAGUUUUCUGAGUACCACAAUGAUCAACUUCAGAAAGAACUAAGUAGGAUCCAAGCACUACAUCCACAUACCAAUAUCAUCUAUGCGGAUUUUUACAAUUCUUCAAUGCGUUUUUAUCGUAAUCCAAGCCAAUAUGGUUUUACUGGAGGAGCACUCACAGCAUGUUGUGGAGGGGGAGGCCCAUACAAUUGCAACACAUCAGCGGAAUGUGGUGAUCCUUCGGCGAGUGCUUGUGAUGACCCUUCAAAGUAUGUUAGUUGGGAUGGUGUACACUUAACAGAAGCAGCAUAUCGAUGGAUUACCACUGGUUUACUAGAUGGGCCAUACACGAUUCCUCAAAUUAGUAUCUCUUGUGUUUCACAAGAUGCAUAAUAUAAGCCGUGGUCCAAUUACAACUUUGUUUGUUACUGUGUGGGUGCUAUGAGUUUUGGCUUUACCUGGAUUGCCCUGUUGGAAAAUUAAGCUUCAUUGGAACGUGUUGAAUUAAAUUACUUCGUUCUGUGGCC